UCUUUCCCCCACCACCGCUCCUCCCAAUCCCGCCGCUGCCAAUGCCUCCUCUGCCCCCAAACGACGGUGAUUCCACCCGCGUCCUCCUCUGUCUCUCUGCACAUGUCGCCGCUUCACGCCUCCUCCUCUCCCUCCUCCCCACACUCACGGUCGCCUCUCCCGAUAGAUCUGGUGCCAGGGUUCGUGGCGCCGGCGGACGGGGGAGCGGAGACGUGCCGGGGGAGGAGUCGAUGCGUGCAUGGUGGGCGGAGGGGAGGAUGGGGAAUCCGUGUGGCGGCCUCGACGAGCAGAUCGAGCAGCUCCUGCAGUGCAAGCCCCUCGUCGAGCACGAGGUUCGGCCUUCCUAAGAUUUCUUUCAAGCUCCGCCACUAUGGAAGGCUUGCUUUUAGUUCAGCGAUUGCCAGGGGAUCCAAUAUCUGGCCUCCAUUGCACGAAAAGAAAUUGUUUGAGAGCAUCGUGUUGUGGUAGAACUUUGUGCUUCAUCAGUCAUACAAAGAGCAUGGGAAAAGCUGGUGCAGGUAGUGUCAUUAUAAACAUGAUACUUCCCAUGGAGUUCCUCUCCUCUUAACUUCUUAGGAUCAAAUUGGUUACCUAUAACUACUUACCUAUAACCCUGGUACCUACAAACUCCCGUCUGUUCUAUUUUAGACCAACUCUGUUUUUCUGCUAGUCAAAUAGACCGUAAUACUAGUACCAUUGUGUAGCUAGAUAGAUCAUUGUUGGUUCUGAUGCUUAUUUAUUGACACACCAAGUGUUGUUACAGCCGAUGAUUACUAGUACUACAACAAUAAUACAUCUUCAACCAAGAGUUAAACUGAAAUGACCUGACAGUAAAGGGUACAAUGUUGGUAAUACAUCUGUUGUUGCUGAUGUCUUCUUGCUUGCUUGCGAAUGACCUGGGAAUUAUUUCUACUUGGUGCACAGCCCUUGCUUGUUGAAAUUUGCCUCAAAAGCUUGUAUUCAGAAUCUAUAAUAAGAUUUGGUACUGCCUUGGAAUUCCUUAUCUCCUUUCACUUGUGGUCAUGCCUAGAACUGUAUCCUUCUUAAGCUGGGUUUUCCCCAAUUUCUAGGAUUGGCCUGUUUGGUACUGCUUGUAAUUCAUAUAUACUAUGCUGCUGCUAUAUGCUUUUGUUUCUGCUAUUGUUACUUAGUGCUUUGCUCCAGGCUCUUUGUGAGUUCCUAGUAGUGGUCUUGGUUCAUUGUUUAAUUCCACAAUUUGUGAGUUCCUAGUAGUGGUCUUGGUUAAUUGUUUAAUUCCA